AGAGAGGGGACACCCUCUGUACCCCAGAGGGGAGACACCAGAGAGGGGGAACUUCUGGAAGAGAUGUUUUGGGCUAAUCUUCAUAUUUUGGAGUAUUUUUUGACUUUAUCUCAACUUUUUGCAGUUUGGGGGGGCAAAAGUCGUCUUGCUAUUUCUGAUGAGGUUUUUGCCUCAAUCUUGGUGGUUUGGGUUUUUCUGGGCUGAAUCUUGGUGUUUUGGAGGUUUUUAUGGACAAAGGAUGCCCGGUGAGUUCUAGAGAUGGACUUGGGCAGGAGGAACUCCCAAGCCAACGCGCUCAGCCCUUGUUUUCCCCCCAUCAGGAUUUGUCCUUCCCAAAGCUUGGGCGGAUGGAGGAGGAGGCUGCGAGGAAGAUGCCUUGGGCCCCCCAGGCAGGCCCCGAGCUGAGGACAGAGAGCCCGGAGGACAAAUCCCCCCGUGAGACCCUGGUGGGAGAGGCCGUUUUGAAGGGCUCCCCGGCACAGGAAGGCAGCGGGGAGGAAAAGGGCCGGAGAUCCCCCCGCAGGAGGGGCUCCAAAGCCAUCCCAGGGUGCUCUGAGGAGGAAAGACCCAGCCUGUGCCAGGAAGGUGGCUGGGGUUUGAGGCAGAGCUCUGACUGGGUGAUUCCUGAGCAGCCUCCCAGCAGGGAGAAGCCCUUCAGGUGCUUGGAAUGUGGGAAGAGCUUCAGGAAGAGCUUCAACCUCCUCACCCACCAGCACAUCCACAGUGGGGAACGUCCCUACAUGUGUAGGGAAUGUGGGAAGAGCUUCAGGCAGAGAUCCAGCCUGAUCCGACACCAGCACAUCCACAGUGGGAAACGGCCCUACACAUGUGGGGAAUGUGGGAAGAGCUUCAGGGACAGCUCCACCCUCUGCACCCACCAGCGCAUCCACACUGGGGAACGGCCCUACAGGUGCUUGCAAUGUGGGAAAAGGUUUCAGACCAGCUCACAUCUCCUGAAGCACCAGCGAACGCACACGGAUGAGAGACCCUUCUGCUGCACCGACUGCGGGAAGGGCUUCAACCGGAACUCCCACCUUGUCAUUCACCAGCGUAUCCACACUGGGGAGAGACCCUACAAGUGUGGGCAGUGUGGGAAGAGCUUCACCCAGAGGUCUAAUUUGAACAAACACCAACGGACCCACCGGUAAGGGAAGCCCUGUGAGGGCCCCCACUGUGGGAAGAGCUUCGGCUGUAGGACUGACAGGCAAAAAAGGUUUCAAAAGGUCUUCAGGAUUUUGAGUAUCUGCACUCCAACAUCAAUUUAUUCUUUUGAAUAUGUGUAAGUUUAACCUCAUUUUAGUCUGAAAGCCAAAUUCACCACUACCCAAUUCCCUGAUAACCGUGGGCUGAUUCUGACAAGUGAGGCAGAAAUUACCCACUGCCCAGCAAAAACCAUUGGGGCCAGCCAGUGGUCUCUGCCCUGGCAGCCCAGUUUCCCCAGUCUCAUCUCAAAAUGACCAGUUACACUGAAGCAAAGAGCACUGGAACCAGUUUAACAAGCCCUAGUCUGACUUUCACACCUGCCCAUGUGUCCUGUUUUCUGCUGCUCUACAGACUUCUUUCUUUAAAAUACAAUGGAAAAAAAGAAACAGUUUUUGGGGUUGUUUUGGUUUUGGACUUGGGUGGUUUUUUUCCCCCCACUGUUCUCAUUAACCUCAUUUCAAAUCUAUUUCGGUGUUUGAAGAUGAAUUAAAAUUUUGAAUGAUUUUUAUUGUUAAUGCCUUGACCAAGGUAUCAAAACACGAAAAAUA